AAAUUUUUAUUAUCUAUUUUAACAUCUUUCGUUAAGGUUGACAAGCAAAUUUCAUGCAAACUUCACACAUAUGGUUCUAAAGCUCGCAGAGUGUAUAGUAACUUACAUCGAUUCGUAUCUGUAUUCGUUUUGUAAACUCGUAGAACUCUCGACGUGCAAACGGACGACGAUGAAUUCGUUUCAGAGUGUCCCGGAUUACUUAAAUAAAAAUAUAUUUCCGACUUUAUUAGCUGCAAUGAAAGAAAUGUUGCUAGAAGCAGAUCGCCAAAAUGCAUUAAAAACACACAAAUGCUCCUUCAACGGACUGGAUUAUCUCGCAGAGAUCCUCUGGAACCGAAACUCACGGCAUCCGAGUAGGUCGCGCGUCUGGCAGAACGUGUUUGAUAUACCACAGUUCAAGCUGUGGCUAAAGUCGCAUCCCAGGCCAAUUUAUCCGAAAUCGUGGCUGUGGACCAGAGAGGAGGCCGCUUUGCGCAUACAAAGAAAUAUUCGUGGCUGGCUCGUCAGAAAAAGAGUGGAUGUUCAGGAGAUGCGUCAAUUUUGGAAGGUAUAAUCGGUAUAAUUGAGGAAUCAAAGUAAAAGUAAUGAC